AUAAGCCCAGCUAGCGGAAGGUGCCCACGGUUCUCCUUGAAUGGCUGAUCAGCAGGCCAUCUCCAAACAGCUGUGCCGCACUGCAUGCCAUAGAAACCUGAAUUAGCGAAUUUACUGGUAGCAUCAUCGCACUCUCGACACGCAGCGAGGAACUUCCAUAGCAGACAGACAGACGGACAGACAGCAAGCACCGCUUCAUUUCCACGGUUCUUCUGCCGCAGAGAUCAGCAUACCCGCGGAAUCAAACCGAGCCCAACCAUGAGAGUGCUGUCAUUCCUUAUCGCCGCUCUGACCCUCAUCGCUGGGGUCAUCGCCGUCGACAUCCAAAAGUCGGUCCUCAUCACCUACCCGCCCGAGACCCCGGAUUCAAUCGUGGAGCAGGCCAAGAAGGCGGUUAUCGCCGCCGAUGGAAUCAUCACUCACGAGUACACCCUGAUCAAGGGCUUCGCGGCAAAGGUCGGCGAGAAAGUGCUCGAGACGAUUUCAGCAUGGGGAGAGGAGUAUCGCGUGCUGGUUGAAGAGGACGAGGAGGUUCACGCCGUCUGAUCCAGGGGGCUCUCCUUGGGACACACCGUCGGCGAAGAGC